CCUUUUAAAAUGCACAACAAAAAUGUGUGUAUGUUUUUGGCAGCGAGUGAGAAGAAGACUUGGUAGUGUGAUUUUGUUUUGUUUUUUAUAUUUGGUAAUUAGUGGGCUGGUAAUUAACUGGACUAUACGAUUUCAAUGCAUUCGCCAUAUUAGUAAACAUUUAUUGUCCUUUUAAAGGGCAAUUUUGUUACAGCACAUGAUGACACACACUUAAGCCUGGAAUUCACAACUAUAAAAUCUAAACAGAUUUUAAAACACUCACCAUCGUACACUUUACAACUUUGUACACUUUACGACUACGUAAAUGGUUACAAAAAUAGAACUGGCCAUCAUACGAGAAUUUCAUGGUAUUCUGAACACAACAAACUCACAUAGAAACAUGGAGAUGCGUGACAAAUGAAAACAAUAUCUUUAAUCUUCUCCAAAUAUCAAAUAUGUUUGAUAUUCUAAAAAAAAUAAAUAAAUAAAUAAAAAUAAUAAAAAUAUGUCUAUGAACAUCAUAUACACUACACAUUUUUCUAUGAAAUCUGUCGAUCUGGACAAAAGUUGUGUAGUGUAUUCCAGCCUUUACAAAACACAUUAACAACAAAAGGAAUAUACAAUAAUAUCUAAUAUAUUAUAUAUUAUUAUAAAAAAUGUUGUUAAUGCCUUUAAAGGUAAACUGAAAAUGAUUAAGUUGUGAGUUCUUAAAGGUCGUGAAUAAAUCACUUAGAUGACAAUCAGUUAAGACACAAAAAGUUACAAUAGCACUUUUGUUCUGGGAAAAAAAGCAUUUCAUAUUCAUCUCUUCUUGGCUUUUCAAAGCUUAUCAUCUGGUCUUCAGUAUGUCAGCAAUGAGGAAUGAGGAAUGAUACAAUCUCAGUCUUGUUUGGCUAAAAUGCAAUGUUAUAAAGCACCUCUUAACAGCCUAAGAAUGACUGAGAAGAACUUAAAACUUUGGAAUGUUGCUUAACAAUUGCACCUGUCAUUGAAUGAUGGUCUUCCUCCUUUCAUAGAACUACUUGUCAUUGUGAUAAUGACACAUCACAUGACUCUUAACAGAGGUAAUAAAACACUGAAUUUGAGUAACGCAUCACUGCACUUUACCAUGGGACUUACAGUUCAACCUGUGUUUUAGGUAUCAUUCAACUCCAUCAUCAUUAACUUGAAGUGAUUAGACGAAUUGGUGUGAUUAAUUCUGACAGCUAUCAAGAUGUGGAGAACAGCAUGGAUUACCACAAUUUUUAUGUUAACAUUACAUACUGUAAUCAGAGCUCAAACAACAAUGACUGAUGUUACAGAAGCCACAGACACAACAGAUGACAUUACAAAUGAUUCUAUGACAAACACAACUGAUGAAUUGCCCACAGAAAUAACUAUGGAAUCAAUUAGCACAGAUGAAUCUAUAACCGGUUUAACAGAUAAGUCAACCUAUGAUGACAUGACGAAAAUGACAACAAUGGAAGAUUUUUCAACAUCUUUGUUGGAUGACCCUACCAUUGAUCUUACAGAUCAGUCAACCAACAUACCAAAAUUUACAACAGAUUUUACUGACAAAUCACCAACAGAUUUCACAGAUGCAUCAGCCACAGAUGUUACAGAUGAAUCAACAACAGAAUCUACAACAGAUUCAUCAGAGGAAAAUUCAACAGAGGAAACUGAAUGGUCAACAACUGGAUUUACUGAUCAAACAUUAAAUACUGAUGAGACACUGGAACCGAUAACAGCAUUCACGCCAGACAUAUCUACAGGGGUCACUGAAAUAUUAACACCAUUUACAGAUGAUUCAUCAGAGGAAGAUUCAACAGAGGAAACUGAACCAUCAACAGCUGGAUUUACUGAUCAAACAUUAAAUACUGAUGAGACACUGGAACCAAUAACAGCAUUCACGCCAGACAUAUCUACAGAGGUCACUGAAAUAUUAACACCAUUUACGGAUGAUUCAUCAGAGGAAGAUUCAACAGAGGAAACUGAACCAUCAACUACUGGAUUUACUGAUCAAACAAUCAAUACUGAUGAGACACUGAAACCGAUAACAGCAUUCACGCCAGACAUAUCUACAGGGGUCACUGAAAUACUAACAGAAUUUACAACAGAUUCAUCAGAGGAAGAUUCAACAGAGGAAACUGAACCAUCAACUACUGGAUUUACUGAUCAAACAUUAAAUACUGAUGAGACACUGGAACCGAUAACAGCAUUCACGCCAGACAUAUCUACAGAGGUCACUGAAAUAUUAACACCAUUUACGGAUGAUUCAUCAGAGGAAGAUUCAACAGAGGAAACUGAACCAUCAACUACUGGAUUUACUGAUCAAACAAUCAAUACUGAUGAGACACUGGAACCGAUAACAGCAUUCACGCCAGACAUAUCUACAGGGGUCACUGAAAUAUUAACACCAUUUACAGAUGAUUCAUCAGAGGAAGAUUCAACAGAGGAAACUGAACCAUCAACAGCUGGAUUUACUGAUCAAACAUUAAAUACUGAUGAGACACUGGAACCAAUAACAGCAUUCACGCCAGACAUAUCUACAGGGAUCACUGAAAUAUUAACACCAUUUACAACAGAUUCAUCAGAGGAAGAUUCAACAGAGGAAACUGAACCAUCAACAACUGGAUUUACUGAUCAAACAAUCAAUACUGAUGAGACACUGGAACCGAUAACAGCAUUCACGCCAGACAUAUCUACAGGGGUCACUGAAAUAUUAACACCAUUUACGGAUGAUUCAUCAGAGGAAGAUUCAACAGAGGAAACUGAACCAUCAACAACUGGAUUUACUGAUCAAACAAUCAAUACUGAUGAGACACUGGAACCGAUAACAGCAUUCACGCCAGACAUAUCUACAGGGGUCACUGAAAUAUUAACACCAUUUACAGAUGAUUCAUCAGAGGAAGAUUCAACAGAGGAAACUGAACCAUCAACAGCUGGAUUUACUGAUCAAACAUUAAAUACUGAUGAGACACUGGAACCAAUAACAGCAUUCACGCCAGACAUAUCUACAGGGAUCACUGAAAUAUUAACACCAUUUACAACAGAUUCAUCAGAGGAAGAUUCAACAGAGGAAACUGAACCAUCAACAACUGGAUUUACUGAUCAAACAAUCAAUACUGAUGAGACACUGGAACCGAUAACAGCAUUCACGCCAGACAUAUCUACAGGGGUCACUGAAAUAUUAACACCAUUUACGGAUGAUUCAUCAGAGGAAGAUUCAACAGAGGAAACUGAACCAUCAACAACUGGAUUUACUGAUCAAACAAUCAAUACUGAUGAGACACUGGAACCGAUAACAGCAUUCACGCCAGACAUAUCUACAGGGGUCACUGAAAUAUUAACACCAUUUACGGAUGAUUCAUCAGAGGAAGAUUCAACAGAGGAAACUGAACCAUCAACUACUGGAUUUACUGAUCAAACAAUCAAUACUGAUGAGACACUGGAACCGAUAACAGCAUUCACGCCAGACAUAUCUACAGGGGUCACUGAAAUAUUAACACCAUUUACAGAUGAUUCAUCAGAGGAAGAUUCAACAGAGGAAACUGAACCAUCAACAGCUGGAUUUACUGAUCAAACAUUAAAUACUGAUGAGACACUGGAACCGAUAACAGCAUUCACGCCAGACAUAUCUACAGGGGUCACUGAAAUAUUAACACCAUUUACAACAGAUUCAUCAGAGGAAGAUUCAACAGAGGAAACUGAACCAUCAACAACUGGAUUUACUGAUCAAACAAUCAAUACUGAUGAGACACUGGAACCAAUAACAGCAUUCACGCCAGACAUAUCUACAGGGAUCACUGAAAUAUUAACACCAUUUACAACAGAUUCAUCAGAGGAAGAUUCAACAGAGGAAACUGAACCAUCAACAACUGGAUUUACUGAUCAAACAAUCAAUACUGAUGAGACACUGGAACCGAUAACAGCAUUCACGCCAGACAUAUCUACAGGGGUCACUGAAAUAUUAACACCAUUUACAACAGAUUCAUCAGAGGAAGAUUCAACAGAGGAAACUGAACCAUCAACAACUGGAUUUACUGACCAAACAAUCAAUACUGAUGAGACACUGGAACCGAUAACAGCAUUCACGCCAGACAUAUCUACAGAGGUCACUGAAAUAUUAACACCAUUUACGGAUGAUUCAUCAGAGGAAGAUUCAACAGAGGAAACUGAACCAUCAACAACUGGAUUUACUGAUCAAACAAUCAAUACUGAUGAGACACUGGAACCGAUAACAGCAUUCACGCCAGACAUAUCUACAGGGGUCACUGAAAUAUUAACACCAUUUACGGAUGAUUCAUCAGAGGAAGAUUCAACAGAGGAAACUGAACCAUCAACAACUGGAUUUACUGAUCAAACAAUCAAUACUGAUGAGACACUGGAACCGAUAACAGCAUUCACGCCAGACAUAUCUACAGGGGUCACUGAAAUAUUAACACCAUUUACAACAGAUUCAUCAGAGGAAGAUUCAACAGAGGAAACUGAACCAUCAACUACUGGAUUUACUGAUCAAACAAUCAAUACUGAUGAGACACUGGAACCGAUAACAGCAUUCACGCCAGAUAUAUCUACAGGGGUCACUGAAAUACUAACAGAAUUUACAACAGAUUCAUCAGAGGAAGAUUCAACAGAGGAAACUGAACCAUCAACUACUGGAUUUACUGAUCAAACAAUCAAUACUGAUGAGACACUGGAACCGAUAACAGCAUUCACGCCAGACAUAUCUACAGGGGUCACUGAAAUAUUAACACCAUUUACAGAUGAUUCAUCAGAGGAAGAUUCAACAGAGGAAACUGAACCAUCAACUACUGGAUUUACUGAUCAAACAAUCAAUACUGAUGAGACACUGGAACCAAUAACAGCAUUCACGCCAGACAUAUCUACAGGGAUCACUGAAAUAUUAACACCAUUUACGGAUGAUUCAUCAGAGGAAGAUUCAACAGAGGAAACUGAACCAUCAACUACUGGAUUUACUGAUCAAACAAUCAAUACUGAUGAGACACUGGAACCGAUAACAGCAUUCACGCCAGACAUAUCUACAGGGGUCACUGAAAUAUUAACACCAUUUACGGAUGAUUCAUCAGAGGAAGAUUCAACAGAGGAAACUGAACCAUCAACAACUGGAUUUACUGAUCAAACAAUCAAUACUGAUGAGACACUGGAACCGAUAACAGCAUUCACGCCAGACAUAUCUACAGGGGUCACUGAAAUAUUAACACCAUUUACAACAGAUUCAUCAGAGGAAGAUUCAACAGAGGAAACUGAACCAUCAACUACUGGAUUUACUGAUCAAACAAUCAAUACUGAUGAGACACUGGAACCGAUAACAGCAUUCACGCCAGACAUAUCUACAGGGGUCACUGAAAUACCAACAGAAUUUACAACAGAUUCAUCAGAGGAAGAUUCAACAGAGGAAACUGAACCAUCAACUACUGGAUUUACUGAUCAAACAAUCAAUACUGAUGAGACACUGGAACCGAUAACAGCAUUCACGCCAGACAUAUCUACAGGGAUCACUGAAAUAUUAACACCAUUUACAGAUGAUUCAUCAGAGGAAGAUUCAACAGAGGAAACUGAACCAUCAACUACUGGAUUUACUGAUCAAACAAUCAAUACUGAUGAGACACUGGAACCAAUAACAGCAUUCACGCCAGACAUAUCUACAGGGAUCACUGAAAUAUUAACACCAUUUACAGAUGAUUCAUCAGAGGAAGAUUCAACAGAGGAAACUGAACCAUCAACUACUGGAUUUACUGAUCAAACAAUCAAUACUGAUGAGACACUGGAACCGAUAACAGCAUUCACGCCAGACAUAUCUACAGGGGUCACUGAAAUAUUAACACCAUUUACAACAGAUUCAUCAGAGGAAGAUUCAACAGAGGAAACUGAACCAUCAACAACUGGAUUUACUGAUCAAACAAUCAAUACUGAUGAGACACUGGAACCGAUAACAGCAUUCACGCCAGACAUAUCUACAGGGGUCACUGAAAUAUUAACACCAUUUACAACAGAUUCAUCAGAGGAAGAUUCAACAGAGGAAACUGAACCAUCAACAACUGGAUUUACUGAUCAAACAAUCAAUACUGAUGAGACACUGGAACCGAUAACAGCAUUCACGCCAGACAUAUCUACAGGGGUCACUGAAAUAUUAUCACCAUUUACAACAGAUUCAACAGAGGAAACUGAACCAUCAACUACUGGAUUUACUGAUCAAACAAUAAAUACUGAUGAGACACUGGAACCGAUAACAGCAUUCACGCCAGACAUAUCUACAGGGGUCACUGAAAUACCAAUAGCAUUUACAACAGAUUCAUCAGAGGAAGAUUCAACAGAGCAAACUGAACCAUCAACUACUGGAUUUACUGAUCAAACAAUAAAUACUGAUGAGACACUGGAACCAAUAACAGCAUUUACAUCAGACGUAUCUACAAGUGUCACUGAAAUAUCAACAGCAUUUACAACAGAUUCAGAGGAAACUGAACUGUCAACUAUUGGAGUUACUGAUCAAUCAACUGCAACCACAAAACCCCAGUCAACCACCAGAAUUACAGCUGGAUCCACCGUAGAAGAAACAACUAUAGACAUCACUGAUGAAAUAACUACUGAUGAGACACUUGAACCAAUAACAGCAUUCACUUCAGACAUACCUACAAGUAUCACAGAGAUAUCAACACCAUUUACAACAGAUUCAUCAGAGGAAGAUUCAACAGAGGAAACUGAACUACCAACAACAGGAGUUACUGAUCAAUCAACUGCAACCACAAAACCCCAGUCAACCACCAGAAUUACAGCUGGAUCCACCUUAGAAGAAACAACUAUAGACAUCACUGAUGAAAUAACUACUGAUGAGACACUUGAACCAAUAACGGCAUUCACUUCAGACAUACCUACAAAUAUCACAGAGAUAUCAACACCAUUUACAACAGAUUCAUCAGAGGAAGAUUCAACAGAGGAAACUGAACUACCAACAACAGGAGUUACUGAUCAAUCAACUGCAACCACAAAACCACAAUCAACCACAAGAAUUACAGCUGGAUCCACCGUAGAAGAAACAACUAUAGACAUCACUGAUGAAAUAACUACUGAUGAGACACUUGAACCAAUAACAGCAUUCACUUCAGACAUACCUACAAGUAUCACAGAGAUAUCAACACCAUUUACAACAGAUUCAUCAGAGGAAGAUUCAACAGAGGAAACUGAACUACCAACAACAGGAGUUACUGAUCAAUCAACUGCAACCACAAAACCCCAGUCAACCACCAGAAUUACAGCUGGAUCCACCUUAGAAGAAACAACUAUAGACAUCACUGAUGACAUAACUACUGAUGAGACACUGGAACCGAUAACAGCAUUCACGCCAGACAUAUCUACACAUGCCACUGAAAUAUUAACUGAACUACCAACAACAGCAGUUACUGGUCAAUCAACUGCAACCACAAAACCCCAGUCAACCACCAGAAUUACAGCUGGAUCCACCUUAGAAGAAACAACUAUAGACAUCACUGAUGACAUAACUACUGAUGAGACACUGGAACCGAUAACAGCAUUCACGCCAGACAUACCUACACAUGCCACUGAAAUAUUAACUGAACUACCAACAACAGGAGUUACUGGUCAAUCAACUGCAACCACAAAACCCCAGUCAACCACCAGAAUUACAGCUGGAUCCACCUUAGAAGAAACAACUAUAGACAUCACUGAUGACAUAACUACUGAUGAGACACUGGAACCGAUAACAGCAUUCACGCCAGACAUACCUACACAUGCCACUGAAAUAUUAACUGAACUACCAACAACAGGAGUUACUGGUCAAUCAACUGCAACCACAAAACCACAAUCAACCACAAGAAUUACAGCUGGAUCCACCUUAGAAGAAACAACUAUAGACAUCACUGAUGACAUAACUACUGACGAGCCACUGGAACCGAUAACAGCAUUCACGCCAGACAUAUCUACACAUGCCACUGAAAUAUUACCUGAACUACCAACAACAGGAGUUACUGGUCAAUCAACUGCAACCACAAAACCCCAAUCAACCACCAGAAUUACAGCUGGAUCCACCUUAGAAGAAACAACUAUAGACUUCACUAAUGAAAUAACUACUGAUGAGACACUGGAACCAGUAACAGCAUCCACAUCAGACAUGUCUACAAGCUUCACCAAAAUAUCAACAGCUUUUACAACAGAGGAACAUUCAGAGGAAACUGAACCACCAACAACUGGAGUUACUGAUCAAUCAAAUGCAACUUCAACACCACAAUCAACUACAAGAAUUAUAGCUGGAUCCACUCUAGAAGAAACAACUGUAGACUUCACUGGUGGAUCAACUACUGAUGAGGCACUGGAACUGACAACAGCAUUCACAUCAGACAUAUCUACAAGUGUCACUGAGAUAUUAACGGCAGUUACAACAGAGGAACUAUCAACUACGAGAGUUACCGAACAAUCAACAACAACCUCAACACCACAAUCAACCACAGGAAUUAUAGCUGGAUCAACAUUAAAACAAACAACUGUUCAGUUUACUGACAAAAUAACUACUGAUGAGGCACUGGAACUGACAACUGCAUUCACAUCAGACAUAUCUACAAGUAUAACUGAUAUUUCAACAGCACCUACAACAAAGGAACAUUCAGAGGAAACUGAACUAUCAACUACAAGAGUUACCGAUCAAUCAACUACAACCUCAACACCACAAUCAACCACAAGAAUUACUAUUGGAUCCACCAUAAAAGAAACAACUAUAGACACUGCCUUAUCAACUACUGAAAAUGCACUGAAAUCCACAACACCAUUCACAUCAGGAAUAUCUAAAAGUGUGACUGAAGAAUCAACAAUAUCAUUUACAUCAGAAUUGUCUUCAAGUGUUACUGAAAAAUCAACACCCUUUACAAUUGAGGAAGCUUCAACUGCAGAGACUGAAAUGCCAACUACAGGAAUUACUAUUCAAUCAACUACGCUCAUGACACCAGACUCAACCACAGGAUCCAAAUCAUUCACUAAGAUUCCUGAUUUAUCAGCUACAACAGGAGUGAUUUCAACAGAAUUUACAACUACAGGAAUUGCUGAUCAGUCAGUUUCAUCCAUCACAACAGAAAUUAAAUCCACAUUAGCAGAAUCAACCACUCAUGUCAUGGCUGAGUCCACAGCUUCAUCAACCAAGGCUACUACAGUAAAAUCAACGACAUCAAUGACAGAACAGCUAACAAUCACAUUCACAUCAGAGUCAUCUACAGGAAUUAGUGGAGGAAAAGAAACCACAGUGAUGACAACACAACCUGAGGUAACCACAUCCAGGACUACAGCAAAUACAGAAGAAUCAGUGACAUCAGUGGAUACUACAUUAGCUACCAUUGAGAGCUCAUCUACCAGUGCAACCACUGUCUCGCAUGAAAGUCCCAGCUUUUCACCACAAUCUACAACACAACCACUAACCACUGGAGUGGAACUCACUACAACUGCAGCAAAGCCUACACUACUUACAACUACAGUCCUUGUCAGCUUUACAAGUGAUGAAAAUUUUGAUCAAGAACUGAAGAACUCAACUUCAUCUAAGUUUACAGAUCGAGAACAAAAAGUCAAACAUGAAUUUGAGCCAAUCUUUAAAAAAGCAUUUACCUUCUUCCUCGGAUUGACAGUUAUCCGGUUCCGUUCUGGAUCAAUCAUCACAGACAUGAAUUUGACAUUCAUAGACAAAGUCCCUGAGGAUAAUAAUAUCACACAAGUUAUCAUGAAUGCAAACACUACAUUUAAUAUAACCAAUGUAGAGGUCAAUCCGACAACAAGCCAGACUACAGUUACAACACCACCCCAGGAUACAAACAGCACCCAGACUACAACCCUCACAGCAACUAUAUUACAACCUGUAACAACUGCGAUCCAGUCAUUAACGACUUCACAACAAACUGAAAUCGAACCUACAACUGAGACUCUGUCAACAAUGACAUCAUACCUUGCAACAGCUACAAUCUCAACAACUGCCCAGCCAAAAAAUACAACUCAUUCUGUGACCAAUUCACAACCUACACAAACUGCAAUCAAACCUAUAACUACAGAUAUAACCCAGACCACAACACAGCCUAAAACUUCAAUCCAGCUGACAAAAUUGACCCAACCUCAGAGUACAACUCAAUCUACCAUUAUAUCUACAACCAGCUCUACAACUGCAAUCCAGACCACAACUACAACCCAACCAAUAUCAACUACAGUCCAGUCAACAAUGACAUCAAACCCUGUGACAGCUACAAGUAAACAGCCAACUACAAUUACAACCCAGCAGGCAACAUUAGCCCCUUUAAAACCUACGAUUACUGCCCAACAAACAACAAAUUUAUUCCAACCUACCAGUACAAUUCAAGCUACAUUUAAAUCUACAGGCAAAUCUACAACUACAAACCAACCUAUAACUCCUACAAUCCAACCCACAAUUACAUCUCAGUCUCCAACAACUGCAACUCAGCCUACACUUCAAACUACAACACAGACUAUAGCUUCUUCCCAGACAACAUUAACUAUGUCACCACCCACCACAACUACAAACCAGGUAAUAACUUCACCUGCAACAACUGCAACACAGUCUACAUCUUCAACUAUAACACCAUCUAAAACACCAACCCAACUCACCAUAGCUACAAUCCAGCCAACAGUAAAUACACUGAAACCUACAACUAAAUCACAGAUUGUAACUACACCUACAACUCGACAUAUAACAACUGCAGCCCACUCUAUGUCUUCAAGUACUACCUCACCUAAUGCAACACCAACAACACCACCAUCACCACAUUUACCAACCACAACACCAAUACCAAAAACAACAACCACAACACCACUACAACCACCACCACCACCAACAACAACAACAACCACAACACCAACACCCACGACCACAACACUAACACCACCAACAACAACCACAACAGCACCACAUCCACCAACACCAACAGCCACAACAACAACCACAACACCAACAACAACAUCCACAACACACAACAACAACAACCACAACACCAACAACAACAUCCACAACAAGAGCAGCCACAACACCAACAACCACAACACCACCACCACCACCACAUUUACCAACAACUACAACACUAACACCACCAACAACCACAACAGCACCACAUCCACCAACACCAACAGCCACAUCAACAACACCAACAGCCACAUCAACAACACCAACAGCCACAUCAACAACACCAACCACCACAACACCAACAACAUCCACAACAAGAGCAGCCCCAACACCAACAACCACAACACCACCACCACCACAUUUACAAACAACCAUAACACCACCACCAACAACAACCACAACAGCACCACAUCCACCAACACCAACAGCCACAUCAACAACACCAACCACCACAACACCAACAGCCACAUCAACAACACCAACCACCACAACACCAACAACAUCCACAACAAGAGCAGCCCCAACACCAACAACCACAACACCACCACAUUUACAAACAACCAUAACACCACCACCAACAACAACCACAACACUAACACCACCAACAACCACAACAGCACCACAUCCACCAACACCAACAGCCACAUCAACAACACCAACCACCACAACAACACCAACAACAACAUCCACAACACCACCACAUUUACCAACAACCACAACAGCACCACCACAUCCACCAACACCAACAGCCACAUCAACAACACCAACCACCACAACAACACCAACAACAUCCACAACAAGAGCAGCCCCAACACCAACAACCACAACACCACCACAUUUACAAACAACCAUAACACCACCACCAACAACAACCACAACACUAACACCACCAACAACCACAACAGCACCACAUCCACCAACACCAACAGCCACAUCAACAACACCAACCACCACAACAACACCAACAACAACAACAACAACAUCCACAACAAGACCACAACAAGAACAGCCACAACACCAACAACAACAACCACAACGAUAACAACCACAGCACUAAAACCAACAACAACCACAACAACACCAACAACAACAACCACAACAACCACAACAACACCAAAAACAACAACAACAACCACCACCACCACCACCACCACAACAGCAAUUCCAACACGCCCUCCACCAGCUGUAACCAUAGAGAUGGUCAUUUUAGUAGUAUUCACCGAAGAGCUACAAAACACGGCAAGUGUGGCAUUUAAGAACCUAGCUGAACAAGUUGAAACUGAGUGUUACAAAGUAUAUAAAAUGAAGUAUGGACCUCUUUUCAUCAAGGUUAUUGUGAUUGCUUUCAGAGCUGUUGCUAAAACCCGGGCAGAACAAAAUGUACAGGCAGAGCUUCAAUUAGUGUUUGACCAAACCUCCACUGAACCCAUUCCUACCAACACUGAAAUUGUGCAGACUCUAAAAGAAGCAGCAACAAAUCCGAACUCAAACUUCAACCUUACUGUUGAUGUGACCUCUAUUACUGUUACCAAAUCACUGCAGAUAAUUCCAUUGACAAUCCUGACUGAUGGAACCUUUGUGGCUGCUCUUUCAAAUAAAAGUUCAAUUGAUUUUCAGAACAGGGCAACAAUGAUAAAAAAUGGGCUUGAACCUUUUUUCUUUGCCGAUUACAGUACGUCAUUCAGCAUCUUAACUGUAACAAACUUCAGUGAUGCCAGGGUAAAAACAAAGAGUAUGCCCACGAUCCGAAACUCUAUGGAUCUUACAUUUACAGCGGAGGCCAUUCUACCCAAUAGCACCCAGAUAGUGAACACUAUAGUUCGAGCAGCCAAAAACAACUCGUUACCCUUCCAGAUCUUCACGUCUGAAAUUGUGGUAAAUGGUACAGCAUUUUCAUCAUGUGAAGUCAGCAGCAAGAUCAGUGUGUUGACCGCUUUAAUUCUAGUUACUGUGUCACUUCUGGUUCCAUGGUUUGAUUGACCAUAAUCCCAAUAUAACGGAUUCAGACAGGUCUGAAUUUGUGUGGGAAGGACUGGUACAUAUAUGUAAACUAAAUUUCAGCUCUGUAUAUACCUAGAGAACCAUGCCUAGUCUUAAAAGUACUUUCUGUCAUUUGUUAUUUAUUCUAAAAAAAAAAAGAAGAAGAAGAAAAAAAACACUCCCAUUAACAAUUAUACUGUCAUGACUUUCAUUUUAUGAUUAAUGUAAUCUGUAAAUCAAAGGCCUUUUCUCUAAAUUCAUCAAUGUAUUGCUUGUUCGCACCGGAUGCAGAAGUGGAUACAACUUUACGAUCUACCAAGUAUUUUGAAUAUUGAAUACCAUUGUAAUAUAUACAUUUCAGAAUACUGUAUGUACAUAUAUUGAAUGUAACUAUCUCUGUUAUAUUUUAAAAAAAAAGCAUAUAUGUUUUCAAGGUUUCAGGUAAACUCUGAUAAAACUAUUGGAAUUCAUUACAGUUGUUAAUUUAUUUAUUUAUUCAUCAAUAAAAACAAUCAAUAUAAUUAGUUACCAAAUCUCAGAAACCAAA